GAGCUCUAAACCACCAUAGAAGAAGAAGAUGCAGCUUGUAUAAAUACGAAGGACCGUUCCCUCCCCCGCCAUUUAUCUGCAUUGCAGCACCGUGCGUCUUUCUCUCCAUCCCUUGUAAGGACAAAGCUAUCCCUUAAAAUGUCGGACGAAGGCAAACUUUUUAUUGGAGGUCUGAGCUUCGAGACCAACGAAGACUCUCUUGCCGCCGCUUUUGGCAAAUAUGGAACCAUCGAAAAAGUCGAUGUGAUCAGAGACAAAGAGACCGGAAGAUCACGUGGUUUCGGCUUUGUGAAGUACGACAAUGUUGAAGAUGCUAAAGAUGCGCUGGACGCAAUGAACGGAAAGACGCUUGAUGGCCGGGCGAUCCGAGUGGACGAAGCAGGGAAGGGAGGUCGCGCCAGAGGAGGAUUUUCAUCAGGCCCGCGCGGUGGACGCUUCAGCGGAUCAAGGGGUAGGGGCGGCCGUGGUUUCUCCAGGGGUGGCUACAACAGCGACAGAGGCUACGGAGACAGAAGUUAUGGCGACAGGAGCUUUGGAGGCGGAGACAGGAGCUUUGGUGGAAGCGGUGGCGGAUUCAGAAGUGGUGGAUACUCAUCCAGCGGCUACAGAGACAAUAGGGGGCAGGGAGGAUAUGGUGACCGAUCUGGGUCUUACAGGGACGGCUAUGACAGCUAUGCUUCACACGAGUAAACACCUCCUUGAAUCAAGACCAUCACUUGGCUGGCUGUUUUUGAAAGAUGCUCUCCUCAAGAAAAUUGUCCAUGUAUUUUGCUGACCUGUUUUGUAGUUCGCCACCUUAAGUGUAGUUGUUAAUUUGCUCCUCAAAACCUGUUACAACAGUUAACGAGUCUUGCCUGGCUCAAUUUGACAACUUCCUACAGCUUUGAUUCGAUCUGUCCUUGGUAGAGCACAGAGCCAUUCUCAAUUUGGGAGCUUCUGAUAGCUCAGCGACAGCUUUGCUGUAGACCUUUUUUGUCUGACACUUUACAUGUGUUCUAAUAUAAUUUUCAAUUUUUAUUAUAAAGUAUAAUGGGGCAUAGUUUUCCUUGGUCAAUCAUCUACCUCCUUAAGAGUUUUAAAUUGAGUAAGGAAAAAGCUUAAAUAGUUUUGGGGUUUAUGGAUGAAGUCCUUUUCCUAUUGAGAGAACCUUCAUUCAGCCAAGGCUCCUUUCUGUUCCAUUUCCCAAAAGAGUGAAUGCCUUUGACUGGUGAACUACACAUCCGAAGUGGCCGGCUGUUCAUGAAGUUGCACAAUGCAGCAUGCUACAGUCUGUCCAAGGUAUCUUCUGUGCUCUCUGCUCAACGUCUGCAUUAUAAAUGUGCUGUAAAAUGGACUGUUUAAAGUGAUUCAAAAUGUAAUUUCGUUUACCCAAAAGUUUAGUCUAAAGCGGGAACAGUUUUGUACUUUUUGUUCUUUGUAUGAUACAAGAAUAUUUUUUUUUGUCAGUUUGGCUUCAUGGAGCCUAUUAAACGAAACAUGGAAAAUGAUCCUGAUUCUGCCUGUUGAAAGUGAUCACGUGGGAGUCAGAUGGGAAGAAAUUGAGAUGGAAGUAAAAGAUCAGCUGAAAUCAAAAUUGAGUUAAAAUGCAUUACAGUUGCAGUCGAGUGAUAUGUGACUUUUGCAUUUUUAAAUCAAAUUUUUGUGCUAGAUAGCUUUUUACCCAAUGCACUCUGAAGUCAAGUCAGCCAUGUUUGAACAGUGUCUUGGUCAACCUUCCAGUUAAGGGAAGUGCCAAACGGCACAAGGAAUGGUACAAUGCCUGUCAUGUCAAUGCUCCAUUACGUUCCAAGAACUCAGCCUCCUCAAUAACCAACAAGUCCUUGAAGAGUGAAGCGUUGCGCCUACCAAGUGCUCAUCCGAUGAAAGCUGCUCUUGCCUAGCUCAAAUGUGAAGAAAGUAGGCCAAUGCACGUGAGGUAAAAAUCUCCUUUUGCUUUGCUCACAUCCUUCAAACUCAGUUCUCAUUGUUUCCAUGAAUGCCUUCCAAGUUAGCCGCUGUGUAACAUCCUCUGCUUCAGAUGUCUUACAAACAUUCCAAGCCUCUGCUCUGAUUCAGAUUACCAUAAGUGGAGGGAAGGUCUCUAAAGCUCCUCUGGAUUGUAUCGCCCCACCUACAGUCUACAAAAGAGCAUUUUUGCCUCCUUAACCAUGGGUAGCAUUGUUCUCAGUCAACUUCUGAUCACUGCAUUACUCCUCAAAUUUGCUCCGAUAAUGCCCCUCAGCUGUCCUGAUGUUACAUAUACUGCACUCAAGUGUCUUGUUGGAUGUAUGUUUUAAUAGUAUUGCAUGCUGUCAACUGAAUCUUCUGUUCUGAUGUGCUUGGUCUAAUGCAGUUUUCUUUCUCUAGUGACUUGACGUGAUAGGGGACAGACUUGAUCUACCGUGUGAUGUGGCACAAGUAGUCUGUUACGGGGAAACCGGGCCUGAGCCGUACCUGGUCUGGGAUGCGAUGUGAUGGCUUCACGCAGUUUGAAGGCCUGUAGUGGCCUGCAAUGGAUGGUUGAAGAUGGCCGCAGUGACAAACUGCAAAAGAAAUGCUUUUUAUGUUAAAAUAAAGAUUUUAGUAAAUCUGAAAA